GUUAUAAAUACUCAUCUCCCUCAUCCUCCUCAAAACUCACAACCACACUAUGGAGACUCAUUCUUGGAUUGUUUUAGCCAUGACAUGGCUAGCAACAUUGGCCAUUCUCUCAAAAGUCUUCAAUUAUCGCCAUUGCCAACGUACCUCUCCACCGGGUCCUAAACCAUGGCCGAUCAUUGGCAACCUAAACCUCAUCGGUCCCCUCCCACACCAAUCCCUCCACAAAUUAUCCCAAAAAUAUGGCCACCUAAUGCAACUUAAAUUCGGCUCUUACUCAGUUGUGGUUACCUCAUCUGCUGAAAUGGCCAAGCAAUUCCUAAAGACACAUGAUCAUAUCUUCUCCUCUCGCCCUGUAAUUGUUGCUGGCAAGUACACUACUUAUAACUAUUCCAACAUAACAUGGUCUCCCUACGGACCAUAUUGGCGCCAAGGGCGUAAAAUUUUCCUCACUGAGCUAUUUAGCGCGAAAAGGCUCGAGUCCUACGAAUAUAUCCGCGUGGAGGAGAGGCAAGCCGUCAUAUCCCAACUCUUUGCCUUGUCAGGAAAGCCUAUUAUGCUUAGAGGUCAUAUUUCACACAUGACACUAAGUGUUAUGAGUAGAAUUGUACUGGGUAAAAAGUACAUUAGUGGAUCCUUGCAUGACAAAUCUGUUUCGACAGUUGAAGAAUUUCAGGAGAUGUUGGAUGAGUUGUUCUUUCUUAAUGGCGUCGUGAAUGUUGGAGAUUGGAUACCGUGGAUCGACUUCUUAGACUUGCAAGGAUACGUGAAGCGGAUGAAGGCUUUGAGUAAGAAAUUUGAGAGGUUUCAUGACCUCGUGCUCGGUGAACACAUCGCGAGAAAGGAGGAAGAGAAGGAUUUUGUGGCAAAGGACAUGGUGGAUGUGCUAUUGCAGCUUCUUGAUGAUCCGAACCUUGAGAUUAAGCUCAAUGGUGAUAGUGUCAAGGCCUUUAUACAGAGGGAAACAAAGGCGAGGGAGGAAGAAUGGCAGCAAAACCACAGCCUUUUCAAGAAUAGUGGAAGAACAGUUAGAGCACACAGAGAGAAGACGAAGGAUUUCAAGAAUGUAAGUGAAUGA